AUUUGAUUUUGAAAGCGAAUUGGGAGAACAGGAUGAGGCCGAUUUUUGCUGGGAACUUGGAGUAUGAUACUCGUCAAUCAGAGCUUGAACGCUUGUUCUCAAAGUAUGGCAGGAUUGACCGCGUGGACAUGAAAUCUGGAACUUCUACUAAGGGGAAAUAUGCUGAGCAAAGUCUUGGCUUGCCAACCUCUGCCAAUUUUUUUUUGGAAGGAAACCUUCCUGCUUGUCUGCCCUCCUUCUACCUACCGAUCUGCAUUUUCUCAUCUGAUCAUUCGUCACUCACUUACUUCAUCAUCAUCACCCAACAUUGACAUUUCACCAGAAUGUUCUUAGUGGGAUCAUCAAUCAAUUUAUUAAGUCAUGCCUAGCUUCACUGAAUAUAGGGGAUCAAUGAAAUUCUGUCAAGUCAUGCCAUUCUAUUUCUGAAAUCACUUGUGCUGUCUGAAUGGAGAAGCAUGCUUGGCAGUCUCAGAUCUGAAUUUUGGAUUUAAACCUUUAAUUGCAAUCAUGAUUUUGUUCCCCAUUCAACGCCUCUACAGCUUCAUGUGCAUCAGCCCUCACUUAUAUUCAGGUUUUGCUUUUGUUUAUUAUGAGGAUGAGCGUGAUGCCGAAGAAGCAAUUCGUGCACUUGACAAUAUUCCAUUUGGUCAUGAAAAGCGAAGGCUGUCUGUGGAGUGGGCUAGGGGUGAACGUGGACGUCAUCGGGAUGGAUCGAAGGCAAACCAGAGGCCAACAAAAACCCUUUUUGUGAUUAACUUUGACCCAAUCCGUACUAGAGUUCGUGAUAUAGAAAAACACUUUGAACCUUAUGGGAAUGUUCUUCAUGUUCGAAUUCGGCGGAACUUUGCAUUUGUGCAGUUUGAAACACAAGAAGAUGCUACCAAAGCUUUAGAGUGUACAAAUAUGAGUAAGAUCUUGGACAGGGUGGUGUCUGUGGAGUAUGCCCUGAGGGAUGACGGUGAGAGGGGUGAUAAUUAUGACAGUCCUAGAAGAGGAGGUUAUGAGAGAUCGCCCAGUCCAGCUUAUCGAAGGCGGCCAAGUCCUGACUAUGGCCGUCCUCGCAGCCCUGCAUAUGAUAGAUAUAACGGUGGACCAGAUAGACGGAGUCCUGAUUAUGGUAGGCGUAGGAGUCCUGAUUAUGGUAGGCGUAGGAGUCCUGAUUAUGGAAGGCGCAGGAGUCCUGAUUAUGGGAAGCAUAGGAGUCCUGAAUAUGGUAGAUACCGCAGUCGCUCACCGGUGCGAAGGUCAAGAACAUAAGUGAUUUCUGGUUUUAGGGUAAGAAGCAACGCUCCUGUGGUACUUUGUUUUACUUUCUAGUUGUUAGAAUAGCAAGUGGUACAUUAUGUAGUAAGGGUACUUCUCGGUUUAAUGUGGUAUGCGUGUUUGCUGUUUGGCAGACAGUGCUAAUGUUUCCUAAAACACGAGACUGUUUAGUGUCAAAUUAUGGAUGCAUAUUUUUUGCAGUGACACCGUACUUUGCUACAAUCGAAUUUAAUUUUUUUUAGUGCC